AUGGAUGAUCCGCGACCAGAUUGUCGUAUGGAUGAGGAUAUCCAUACCGACCAAGAUUCAGGAUAUGGUGGAUCCAGGAAUCCGAGCCAUGGAUCGAAUUCCGAAAGUCAAUCUGGUCGUGGUGAUGGAUUGACCUUGUCUUGUUCUCGUCCUCGUCCUCGUCCUCGCCCUCAGCCUACCACUCCCAACGAUGCUGAAAUGCAACGGGCCCCAAUUCGGCCUAUCGCAAAGCCAAUUGACGAACAAACUGCGAGGCGUGCUAGCGACGUAAUUGAACAAAUAAGCGGGCUUUUGGCAGAGUGUAUGCUCAAGUCAAAAAAACGGAAAUACUUGUCAAGAUCAAAGCGACAACUGCCUGCAAUGUCGAUAAGAGCCGUCAUGCUUGGAACAACUAUCGAGGAUGCCAAAGCCUCCCUCGUCAUCUUCUGCUCCGACGAGGAUGGUGCGCAUGAUACAAUUCGAAAAUUCUUACGCAAGUCGUUUGUGAAGGACCUCUAUCAGCCCAACGACAGUGCCAUGUCCUCGUUUGACGUGCAUAUCUUUGGUGCAUCACCAAGCACGCGAUCCAGUGUUGAAGUCGGCAUUCCAAGUUCAGAAAGCCUUACCUACACUCACUGUGGAAUGCCAAUUUCCAUCACUACUCAAGGCUUCCGUAAAGAGAGCGCCAUGGCAACAAUGGGCGGCGUCCUGCAAUUCGAUGCGCCACGGUGGAUACACAGCUCAUAUCGUGUCUAUGGUUUGACCGUUGCCCAUGCAAUAUAUUCCCAGACAAAUAGCGAUGGUGACGAUGACGAAGAUUUUUCCAUGUCGGAUAACGACAGCGAUGACUGCGAUGACAGUUCUUUGAACAGCUCUUCCGAAAGCGAUGCUUCAUAUCCGGCCUCACCUCUGCAAGUUGACUGGGGCGUAUCGAUUGAAGCGGACCAAAAAGCGAGACCAGCUAUCCCACAUCCAUCUCUAUCAGGUUCCGUCUUCGCGCAACCUAUAGCAUACUCAUCUCUGAGUAACACCGGAUCCUGUCGAGAUUGGGCAUUGUUUAAGUUUCCGACAUGGGAGGUCCCAUUGAAGCCCAACAUGCUGGUGGCCGACGGAAAACCUCCAGCUCUGCUCAAGAUACCCUCUUCUCUGCUCGGUAUUCCGAUCAGUCGAUCAGUAUACAUCAAAACAGGAUUCUCUGGGACGAAAGAAGCAACCAUCUCGGCUGGUCUGAGCCAAAUACUUCUCCAGCCUGGGACCGAGUUUGUAAGAGCGUAUACUGUGGAGCUUAGUAAAAGCACAGACAUAGGACCAGGGGAUUCUGGAUCCUGGGUAGUUGACGCUGCGACAUUGGAAGUUUACGGCCACCUUGUUGCGACAGACAUGCUCUCGUGUAGUUAUGUCAUUCCUUUGGUUGACAUCCUUGAGGAUAUCAGGCUUCAAGUUGAGCAAGUUUCCAUCGAUUUCCCUUCUCUCAACCACCGGGCAGUCAAACGAAAGGGAGGCGAGUUGUCCUAA